AGAGAGGACUGUGCGUGUUCAGGCAGGACAGGAGGGCGCGCGGGACAUCAGUACACCGGCCGGGUCAAGAAGCUGCAAGGAUGGAUAUCCGACCAGACAGGUUUAAGGCGGUCGCGGCCAAAACUCUGGGGAAAAUUAACAGGCUGAUUGAGAAGCGACAGCCCAAUGGAGAAACCAUUGAAUUAUCAGCUGAGGGACGUCCUGAGCUGGUGGAGGAGAAGGAGCUGCCGGUGGUGGACUGUACCUGCUUUGGCUUGCCGAGGAGGUACAUCAUCGCCAUCCUGUCUGGCCUGGGAUUCUGCAUCUCUUUUGGCAUCCGGUGCAACCUGGGUGUGGCCAUUGUAAGCAUGGUGAAUGACCACACUGUCUACAAAGGCAACAAGGAAGUACUUGUGGCUGCACAGUUCACCUGGGACCCUGAGACAGUGGGGAUGAUCCACGGCUCCUUCUUCUGGGGCUAUAUCGUCACACAGAUACCGGGUGGCUUUAUAUGUCGAAAAUUUGCAGCCAACAGAGUGUUUGGAUUUGCUAUAGUGGCCACAUCCACCCUCAACAUGCUGAUUCCAUCUGCUGCUCGCUGCCAUUACAGCUGCGUCAUACUGGUCAGAAUAUGCCAGGGUCUUGUUGAGGGUGUAUCAUACCCAGCCUGCCACGGGAUCUGGGCCAAGUGGGCGCCUCCUCUUGAGAGAAGUCGAUUAGCCACUACAGCCUUUUGUGGAUCCUAUGCAGGGGCGGUGGUGGCCAUGCCUUUAGCAGGGAUACUGGUGCAAUACACUGGGUGGUCUUCAGUAUUCUAUGUCUAUGGCAGCUUUGGGAUAUGCUGGUAUUUGUUCUGGAUUCUGGUGUCGUAUGAGAGUCCCGCUGCUCAUCCCACUAUUACACCGGAGGAGAGGAAGUACAUUGAAGAGGCAAUCGGAGAGUCUGCAUCAUUUCUUAAUCCUCUGCAUAAAUUUAAAACACCAUGGAAACACUUCUUCACCUCCAUGCCAGUCUACGCCAUCAUUGUGGCCAACUUCUGCAGGAGCUGGACCUUCUACCUGCUGCUCAUCAGCCAGCCGGCCUACUUUGAAGAAGUAUUUGGCUUUGAGAUCAGCAAGGUGGGCAUGGUGUCAGCUUUGCCCCAUCUGGUGAUGACAAUAAUCGUGCCUAUUGGAGGCCAGUUGGCAGACUACCUGAGAACCCACAAUUUAAUGACCACCACCAAUGUCAGGAAGCUCAUGAACUGUGGAGGUUUUGGGAUGGAGGCCACCCUCCUGCUGGUGGUGGGAUACUCUCACACAAAAGGUAUUGCCAUUUCCUUCCUGGUCCUCGCUGUGGGUUUCAGUGGAUUUGCUAUCUCAGGGUUUAAUGUCAAUCACUUGGAUAUCGCCCCUCGAUAUGCCAGCAUACUGAUGGGCAUCUCAAACGGGGUGGGAACAUUAUCUGGAAUGGUGUGUCCUCUCAUAGUGGGAGCCAUGACCAAACACAAGACACGUGAAGAGUGGCAGGGUGUCUUCCUAAUAGCUUCACUCGUACAUUACGGAGGAGUGAUUUUCUAUGGUAUCUUUGCAUCAGGGGAAAAGCAGCCUUGGGCGGAUAUAGAGGACACCAGUGAGGAGAAGUGCGGUAUUAUCGAUGAGGAUGAACUGGCCAAUGAAACAGAUGAGCUCUACCGCGGAGGCGGGCAGUACGGGGCCAUGAACCAACCAGUUGUUGGUUCUAAUGGAGGAGGGACUGGCGGAGGAGGAGCCGGGUCUGGAUGGGUGUCGGACUGGGAUAAGUCUGAGGAGUAUGUCCAGCCACCUGGAUACAACUCGUACAUGUAUAGGGGAAAAGAGGAGAAGGAGCUGACAUAGAAGAUCAAAAUGAUACGAUGAUGCGAUGAUGAAGUAAAAAAAUAAUAAUAAUUGAAAAAAAGAUAAAGAAAAGAGGAAGAUUGUUUUUGGAAAGGGAUUGUAAGAGAGUCACUGUUUUACUGAAUGGACCUGCUGUGUGCUUUUGUACAAUAUUUUCAACUGCACAUAUCAAAAGUAUGCAUCUGAUUAAUUUCCGUGUGUGUGUGUGUGUGUGUGUGUGUGUGUGUGUGCGCGUGCGUGUGCGCACGCGUGUGUGCAUUGUGUGCAAACACAUACAAUUCAACAGCAUUCAACAGCAAAAACUGAACUCAGAUCCCAGACUUCCUUCCUGCUCCUGAGCUCGUUGUGAUUGGUCAAGCGUCCUGUUUUCCACGACAUCACUGUGGAGAUUCUGUGUGCGUGCGUGCGUGCGUGCGUGCGUGCGUGCGUGCGUGCGUAGUUGGCUUUUUGCCUGUACAGCAACUCUCUCAAGCCACUGGCAUUGUGUUGUAUUUAAAUUUUUAUGUGUAAACCACACAUUUACUUUUCUUGCUGAGAAAGCACCUUUGGGUCCUCAGUUUUGAAACGUUAAACAUUUGAGCUUACAACAUUGUCCAAAUUACAAAAUACAAAAUGUGAUGCCACUAGUGUAGAUUGCUUACACUUUCUAGUCUAUAUUACUCCCAAGGCCCUCAGCCUCAAUAGAAAUCAUAUUGAGCAUAUGAGUUUUAAAAAUCAAUACACAAACUAAAAGCUAAUGUGUUUUUAUGAGUGAGGCCCCUUGUGGACAAUCUUUUCUGGACGCUAGUGAUGCAUCCACUUAAUUUCUUUCUUUGCAAAAUAAUAUUUCCACAGCACUGCAUAACUAUAGUAUGCAUGCAUGUGCCGACUACUUUCAAACUAUUAAAUCAAAGAGAAAAAAUGUGCUUAAGUGUUGUAUCAGUCUGUGUUUGUGUGUGUGAAGCUGUAUAGCUUUUGUUACAACAGGCCCCCUUUAUGUGUGUGCAUUUGAUUGUGCAAAGGUGUGUGUUUGAGCUUGCAUUUGGUGUCUAGCUGAAUCUCACCUGUGUCUGACCUAACUAGGUCACGUCCAGCCAGGCUUAUGGGUCACAUGAGUAAUCAUCUGACAUUUGUGACUUUUCAUUUGCCGUUUACGCUCUCGUCAGAUAGGUGGCCCAGAAUGACAAGUAGAGUGUGAUAGCUGGUUAACUGAUCCACUGCGUAACUAGCGAGGAACAACAGUUAUAAUAUUCCCAGGCAUCACAGCACGUGCUGCCUCUGUUUCUGCCUUGUUCUGUGUCUUUGUGGCUGCUCUCUGUUUCCACGUCUUUAGUAUCUAAAUUUUAGUCAUGUUUGAGUUGGUGGGUCAGAUAAUUUAAGUGUGUGUGUGUGUGUGUGCGUGUGCGGCGUGCGUGCAGGCGUGCGUGCGUGCGUGAGUGCGUGCGUAUGUGAGUGCGUGCGAGCGAGCGUUCGUUGUGUUGGGUGCAGGUGCUGAAACAUUGUGCGGUGAGCAUGUUUUAAUGAGCACAUCAGUGUAGUACCCCACCAUCCCUCUCUUCCUUUUGCACACACACACACACACACACACACACACACACACACACACACAUAUAUACACACACAUACACACACACACACAUAUACACACACAUACACACACACAGGGUGCUAAUUUCAUGCAAGCACAGUCAAGUGCACUAUGCACAGUGUGCAGAGGGAGUGGUGGCACACUUUUUGGUAUUUACAUUGCUGUGAAGCACCCAUGGAAACAGGGUGGGAUUAGGAAGUAUUAUCAUACAUUGUCAGAGGGUGUGUUAAGGUUUGGUAACAAUCAUGGCCAAUCAACUCAGCUCCUAUCAAGCCCUUCAAAAGCAGCACCCUCUCCAUUGUGACGCAAUGACAGCUGGGUAAUGGAGUAGGGAGUUCAGAGGUGCUUCUCUUGAGAGGACACCAACAUGCUUAUACAGGAGAGGAACUGUCAUAUUAAACAAACUGCACAGUACAACUCUGUGCGCCUGCACAUACAGCCAACAUACAGUACAUUAAACAUGUUCAUGCACACACAAACACUACGUCUGCCCUCUGUGUGUACUCACAGGCCAUGCCAACACACAAUGUUUUUUGCAGACGGCUCUUUUUCAGAUCAAGAAUCUAAUUCUGUUUAACUUGUAGAGAGUUUGUGAAUUGAGCUCACUUUUGUGAGAGAAAAAAAAAUACACUACUGGAUUGUUAAAAUAAUUGUAUUUGAUUAAACUGAGGGUUUAAUGGUAAAAUGUGUUGGUAUGUCAAUAAAUGAUUUGAAAAAGUGAUUAAGGCUAAUUUUGUUUUGAAUGAAAUGUCUAAAAGACGUGAAUGAUUAUUCCUGUAUAGAAUUUCAUUUUCAAGUGUUGUAUUGGUGUAUUUUUAAUCAAGUUUCUCUUUGUCUCAUUUAUGGUUAGUCCAAUGUUGUCCUCCUCCUUCUUGAUGAAAUGUGUGGUGGGAAUCAGUUAAAAAAGAAAAUGAUCAUAAUGCAAAAAUGUGCAAAAUAUUCUAUGUAUAAAAGAUGUAUAUGUGAGAUCUCCUUGUGUAUAAUAAAAUGUAAGCAAUUUGAGAAGA